GGGAGUUGAUGUGAUUGUCGGUGAGGGAAAAGAUGGCGGCGGCGGCAUUAGUGGAGUUUCAACGCGCUCAGUCCUUAGUCAGCACCGACCGGAACGCGUCUAUAGACAUCCUGCACAGUAUCGUGAAACGCGAUAUCCAGCAAGAUGAUGAAGAGGCUGUUCGUGUUAAAGAGCAAAGCAUUCUGGAGCUUGGAGGGCUCCUAGCCAAGACAGGGCAGGCAGCAGGUAAUGGGGGACUGCUGAAGUAUGUCAGACCAUUCUUGAAUUCAAUCAGUAAAGCUAAGGCUGCUCGGUUGGUUCGGUCGCUGCUCGACAUGUUUCUGGAUAUGGAGGCAGCAACUGGUCAGGAGGUUGAAUUGUGUUUAGAAUGCAUUGAGUGGGCGAAAUCUGAGAAAACGUUUCUGCGCCAGGCUUUAGAGGCUCGCUUGGUUUCUCUGUACUUUGACACUAAGAGGUACCAGGAGGCAUUGCAAUUAGGAUCACAGUUGCUUCGUGAACUGAAAAAGAUGGAUGACAAGGCACUUUUGGUGGAAGUUCAGCUGUUGGAGAGCAAGACGUAUCAUGCACUGAGUAACUUGCCAAAGGCACGAGCUGCCCUGACCUCAGCACGAACAACUGCAAAUGCCAUCUAUUGUCCACCAAAACUACAAGCUGCACUUGAUAUGCAGUCAGGUAUUAUCCAUGCUGCUGAAGAGAAGGAUUGGAAGACUGCAUACUCUUACUUUUACGAGGCAUUUGAAGGCUAUGACUCUAUUGAUAGCCCUAAAGCUAUUACGGCAUUGAAGUAUAUGCUGCUCUGCAAAAUUAUGUUAAAUACGCCAGAGGACGUGCAGACAUUAGUGAGUGGGAAGCUUGCUCUUCGAUAUGCUGGACGACAGACCGAUUCACUAAAAUGUGUGGCCCGAGCAAGCAAGAAUCGGUCACUGGCCGAUUUUGAAAAGGCUUUAACAGAUUUCCAAGCAGAACUGCGGGAUGAUCCAAUCAUAACCACGCACCUGGCAAAGCUAUAUGACAACCUAUUGGAGCAGAAUCUCAUCCGAGUGAUUGAACCUUUCUCCAGAGUUCAGAUAGAGCACAUAGCAAGCAUUAUAAAACUAUCCAAGGGUGAUGUGGAAAAACUCUCCAAAAUGAUCUUGGACAAGAAGUUUCACGGUAUUCUAGAUCAAGGCGAGGGAGUCCUCAUUGUGUUUGAUGAGCCUCCAGUAGACAAAACAUAUGAAACUGCGCUUGAAACAAUCCAGAAUAUGAGUAAAGUAGUGGACUCUCUCUACAACAAGGCAAAAAAACUGACAUAGAGAACGACUUUGAUCCAGAGAGUUGGAGUGUGUGACAGAAGAGAGUGGAGCUUGGAGAAAUGCUAGGAUUUUUUCAGUGUGUCCUACUUUCAGUCUGAAAGUUUUUAAAUCCCUCGUCAAACUCAUUCUGUUCAGAACAAGUUUGUUCCGGUUUGAUGUAGCCUUUACCCAGCAGGUUAUCAGGGGGUGGUAUGACAUUUUUUUAAAAUCCUUUUGUCAAAUUUUGUCCUGCUCUUCAUUCUCUUGAGGGUUUAACCAAACUCUCACCUUGUUAUACCCAGAGGUUUUUGGUUGACCGUUGACCUAUGCUGUCUCUAUGGACCUGGCUGACAUCACACUGCUUUUGACCUGACUUGUUUUCCAACAGUUUCCUAAACAUACCGUCACUGUUUUGGUUCUUGCCAUCAAUAUCAAAUGUACAAAAGGUUCUCGCUAACCAACAAUUAUCAGGUAUAUCUGAUGUUCAGAUGAGUUCAUAAAUAAAGAAGAAAACAUUUUUUUUCAAAGUGUGUGUGCUUUUAUUUUAAGAUUUCUAAAUUAGCAAGGAGGCAAAGUGCAAACACUGUAAAUUGGUCACUGGAGCUCCUAGAUACUGAAGAAUAUUGGCUUUUCCACAGAUGUUUCAAUAUUUUAAAUAGAAAUAUUACAGAUGAGUUAGUGUACAUAUUUUCUGCAUCUGAAUUUCUUGGGGAGGUGGGGGGGAGGGAGGAAGAAAAUCUUUUUGGAACAUCAGUAUUGGCACUGUAAAUUUCUUUGAAAUGUGUGUGGAGUGUGGUAAAACUAGGUUGCAAAUAUUAAAUCAGUAUCUUAAUAGAGGAGGAGAUGUGCACAAAAAGCUGCUGGAGUGGCCUUUUCAAAUUCACUACCACUUUCAGCCAGUAAUAUUCGUAAAGGUGGAAAGGGGAAUAUUUCAAAGAAUGAUCCAGAAGUUUUUAAAAAGGGUUGUAAUUUAAUGAAGUUCGGAACCUAGUUUUUCAAGGUCACUGGAGUACAUAGCACAUGCUUAUUGACCUGGUGCAGAGCCACCAGGAUCCUUUUGGAUAGAACCUGCAUGUUACUCAGUUGCAACCUGAACCUUCCGUCCAUAAUUAUUUA